ACUAUUUUUUGCUGUCAAAAAGCGACGAAGAAACGUGUUUGUUGAAAAUUUGUGCGGCGUAUUUACGGCGCUGUUAUUUAUUCCCACGUUGUUGUUGAUAGGCAAAUUGAUAUCGCUACUAGAAGUUCAUAAAUAGCUGAUCUCUUUGUUAUCAGCUGACAUUCCGCAGGCGACUGCUAAGCAAAGUGUUUGUCGUGUGCUGAUGCCAUCUACUGCAUCGGCUAAAGAAACUGUAGUGAACCUCCCCGAGCGCUCCAUACUCCCUCUCACGACCAGGAUGCCGAACAUCAAGGUGUUCAGCGGGAGCUCCCACCCCGACCUCGCCCAGAAGAUCGUGGACCGUCUUGGUAUCGAUUUAGGCAAAGUGGUAACCAAAAAGUUCAGCAACAUGGAAACGUGCGUCGAGAUCGGGGAGUCGGUGCGCGGCGAAGACGUGUACAUCGUGCAGAGCGGCAGCGGCGAGAUCAACGACAACCUGAUGGAGCUGUUCAUCAUGAUCAACGCGUGCAAGAUCGCGUCGGCCUCGCGCGUCACCGCCGUCAUCCCAUGCUUCCCCUACGCGCGCCAGGACAAGAAGGACAAGAGCCGCGCGCCCAUUACGGCCAAGCUCGUCGCCAACAUCCUAUCCGUGUCCGGCGCCGACCACAUCAUCACUAUGGAUCUGCACGCCUCACAGAUACAGGGAUUCUUCGACAUCCCCGUCGAUAACCUGUUUGCUGAGCCCGCAGUGCUCAAAUGGAUCAAGGAGAACAUCCCUGACUGGAAGACCAGUAUUGUGGUCUCCCCUGACGCAGGUGGUGCUAAGAGAGUCACCUCCAUCGCUGAUCGAUUGAAUGUCGAGUUUGCUCUCAUCCACAAAGAGAGGAAAAAGGCAAAUGAAGUUGCUUCUAUGGUGCUAGUAGGAGAUGUGAAGGACCGCACUGCCAUUCUCGUUGAUGACAUGGCUGACACCUGUGGCACUAUCUGCCAUGCAGCUGAAAAGCUGAUAGAAGCUGGGGCUAUAAAAGUUUAUGCUAUACUAACACAUGGUAUUUUCUCGGGUCCAGCCAUUUCGCGCAUCAACAAUGCGUGCCUGGAGGCUGUAGUUGUAACAAACACUAUUCCACAGGAAAGGCACAUGAAGGAAUGUCCCAAAAUCCAGUGUAUUGAUGUAUCCAUGAUGCUGGCAGAGGCUGUGAGACGCACCCAUAACGGUGAAUCAGUAUCAUAUCUAUUCUCUAAUGUUCCAUACUAGUUUAGCUUUCACUUUCAGUACAUUUUAAGUUUGGGUCUUUAUAAUCUUCUUGUUAGCUUCUACAAGAAAAUAUUUAGUAUCAUCUGUAUGUGUUACACCGUUGCUGAUAGUGAUACAUAUUUUUAAUUCAUUGCCAGUGAAAACAAUUGUAAUGGAGCAAUGUGGAAGUCAUAGAUUGAGAUGACAUAACAUGCCUAGCAAUUUAGUUGUAGAUUACAAUCUCAUAGUGAAUUAAGGACUGUGUAUUAGCCUUAUGAACAGUAGCUAUCAAUAUGUCUCAAAUAUAAUUUUACUGGAUACAGUAAUAAUUCUUUUAUGGAAUUGUUUAUGUAAAAACAAUAAGUGGACAAAAACUUAGAUUUUCUGCAAUAUGUAACUGCCUCAAUAUUCACUCAUUCCACAUUUUGCCAUCUCAUUUAUUACCUGCAUUUACAAACAUUAGUGUGUACGCUGAUUAUAUCUGAAAGUAUUCUUUACACAGUUAAUAACCUAUGUAUGUAGUUGCUAAAAAUUAAGUUUGGGAUAUUUUAACUUUAGUUAUCAUGCCAUAUAAUUAAGUAAAAGACAAUGUUGGUGUUAUCAAAACUAAAUAUCAGAUGCCAUUUUAGCUUUAUGCAUAAUUUUGUUACAAUGAAAUCUUUCAAUACCUAUAGCAGGUAUAUUGUGUAGAUUUUUGUUUCAGAUUUUAAACAAUAGAAAUAUUGUAAGUGUCUUAUAACUUUUAUAUCAGUAUGUAAAGCAUGAUCGUAAUAUUAAUUGUUAAGUAUAAAGGAUCAUUUUUGAAACUACUUUUAUUGCACAUUCAUUUUUGUUAGUUAUUUCUUCCUAGAAGAAAAAAAAUAUCUAAUUAACAUAGUAAGCUCAGUAUUUUGUCUUCACGAGUUUUAAAUAAAAUGCUAAAAGGCAGAUUGACUAUGACUAUGCCUGAAAGUUGAGAUAAUGCCUUCAAAAUUUAUAUUUUAUCUAAAUUUUUAUAUGUAUAUUUGGUCCACAUUAAACUUAAGACAUUAAAAUAGAAAUACUUUAUUGAUA